UGACCCUCUUAAGCAGAGAGGGAGACUAGUCCUGUUCUGAUGCAGAAUAUAUUAUAAACUGAGACAGAAAGAGGGGAAAAGGAACAAAAACACCUUUAAGGAGUUAUCAAGGCAAGAAUAAAGGGGAUCGUUUAUAUAAAGGGACCUGCAGUUGCCAGGCUACUGUCUAAGUUGCUCUGGUGCACUUGCCUUCUGCUUGUAUCAUACAGUAAGCCUGUAUCAGUCAAUGAACAGACUACUGUAGGUCUGCCUGUUCAUUGUUCAUGUUCAAGGGGUAGAAAUUAAAAUACGUUUCUGCAGAAGACUGCUGUUAUUGACUUACAGAAACCUCAAAGACAAUAACAUGGAAAUGGAAAUUCUCAAAUGGUUUACAAAAAACGAUGCUGAUGUUAAGAUAAAAAUGUCCCAAGUGAAACAAGUAGGCCUUCUGGCUGCUGGAUGUCAACCGUGGAACAAAGAUGUCUGCGCAGCUAGUGGAGAUAGGUUUGCAUACUGUGCAACACUUGCAAUAUAUGUCUAUCAGCUGGAUCGCAGAUACAAUGAGUUCAAACUUCGAGCAAUCAUGUCUGAGCACAAGAAGACUAUUACUGCCAUAUCGUGGUGCCCACACAACCCUGACGUGUUUACAAGUGCCAGUGCUGACAGCUUGCUGAUUAUUUGGAAUGUAGCUGAGCAGAAGGUGGUGGCAAGACUAGACAACACAAAAGGUAUUCCUGCCUCUUUGAGCUGGUGCUGGAACUCGGGAGAUGCUGUAGCCUUUGUCUCUCAUCGGGGCCCCCUGUACAUAUGGACAAUCUCGGGGCCAGACUGUGGGGUUGCUGUGCACAAAGAAGCCCACAGCUUCCUCUCUGACAUUUGUCUUUUCAGAUGGCAUCCCAAAAAGAAAGGAAAAGUGGUAUUUGGACACACAGAUGGGAGCCUUUCUAUUUUUCAACCUGGUUCCAAAAGUCAAAAGCAUGUUCUCAGACCUGAAUCCUUGGAAGGUACCGAUGAGGAGGAUCCCGUCACAGCCCUUGAAUGGGACCCUCUGUCUACAGACUACCUCCUUGUCGCUAACCUGCAUAACGGAAUCCGAUUGGUCGACUCAGAAUCUCUGUCAUGCAUAACAACUUUCAGUUUCCCAAGUGUUGCGGCAUCAGUACAGUGCUUAGCAUGGGUUCCCAGUGCUCCUGGCAUGUUUAUUACAGGAGAUUCCCAGGUUGGCGUAUUGCGUGUCUGGAAUGUGUCGAGAACAACGCCAUUAGACAAUUUCAAAUUGAAAAAGACAGGCUUUCACGCGUUGCAUGUAUUGAACUCUCCGCCUGCCAAAAAAAGUUUUUCCACAAAUUCCCCAACAAAAAAUCACCACACAUCGUCUACGAGUGAGGCAGUGCCGCCACCGACCCUCUCCCAGAGCCAGGCCUUCUGUCUCCCCCCUGGCCACGCUGUCUGCUGCUUUAUGGAUGGAGGGGUUGGACUCUAUGACAUGGGAGCAAAGAAAUGGGACUUUCUCAGGGACCUGGGACAUGUUGAGACAAUAUUUGACUGCAAAUUCAAACCAGAUGACCCGAAUUUACUGGCAACAGCAUCGUUUGAUGGCACAAUUAAAGUGUGGGACAUCAACACCCUUACAGCCGUGUAUACUUCUCCGGGAAAUGAAGGAGUUAUCUAUUCGCUGUCUUGGGCCCCAGGAGACUUGAACUGCAUAGCUGGUGCCACAUCUCGAAAUGGUGGUUUUAUAUGGGAUGUGAAAAAAGCCAAAAUGAUCACAAGAUUUAAUGAGCAUGGAAAGAAUGGCAUUUUCUGCAUUGCAUGGAGCCAUAAGGAUUCUAAGAGGAUUGCCACCUGCAGUGGCGAUGGCUUUUGCAUAAUCCGAACAAUUGAUGGAAAAGUGUUGCAUAGAUAUAAGCACCCAGCUGCAGUGUUUGGUUGUGAUUGGAGCCAGAACAACAAAGACAUGAUUGCCACUGGCUGCGAGGACAAAAACGUUCGAGUGUAUUAUUUAGCCACCAGCUCUGACCAGCCGCUGAAGGUGUUCACUGGACACACUGCUAAAGUGUUCCACGUUCGGUGGUCUCCACUAAGGGAAGGGAUUCUUUGCAGUGGCUCUGAUGAUGGCACUGUGCGGAUAUGGGAUUACACACAGGAUGCCUGUAUUAAUGUUUUAAGCGGACAUACUGCACCAGUGAGGGGGCUCAUGUGGAACACUGAAGUUCCUUAUCUUCUGAUUUCUGGAAGCUGGGAUUACACCAUCCGUGUAUGGGAUACAAGAGAUGGAACCUGCCUGGACACUGUGUAUGAUCAUGGUGCAGAUGUGUAUGGUCUAACCUGCCACUCAAGUCGUCCGUUUACAAUGGCAUCGUGCUCUCGGGAUUCCACUGUGAGACUCUGGUCACUAACUCCUCUUAUUGCUCCUCUUCUGGUCAACAUUUUAGCUGACCACAACUGGGACGAGAUAAUUGGUAAUACUGAUCGGGCAAUGGUACCUGGUGCACAACCACUUCUCUGUGGCAAAGUUUCUAGAGAUAUCAAACAAGAGUUGGAUAAACUCACAAGCAACAGUCGGGUAAAGAAACUGAGAUGGUUUUCUGAAUGUUUUUCUCCACCAGGUGGAAGUAAAAACCUCUGGGACCUCGUUGCUGUGAUCAAAGGCCAGGAUGACAGUCUGCUUCCUCAGAACUACUGCAAAGGCAUCAUGCACAUGAAGCAUUUGGUUAGAUUUAAAACUUCAGAAGCCCAGGAGCUAACCAUAGUAAAAAUGUCCAAAUUUGGAGGUGGUAUUGGAGCACCUAGCAAAGAAGAGAGGCUAAAGGAGGCAGCUGAAAUUCACCUGAGAUUAGGCCAGAUUCAGCGAUACUGCGAACUCAUGGUGGAGCUCGGAGAGUGGGACAAAGCUCUGUCUGUGGCUCCUGGUGUGUCUAUGAAAUACUGGAAAAAACUUAUGCAAAGGAGAGCUGACCAGUUAAUACAGGAGGAAAAUGAUGAUGUUAUACCAUACUGCAUUGCCACAGGUGAUGUGAAGAAACUGGUCAAUUUUUUUACUUCAAGAGGACAACUUCAGGAAGCAUUGCUUGUUGCUCAGGCAGCCUGUGAAGGAAACAUUCAUGUACCACAAAUCUCUUCUGUAAAUCACUCUCCCAACACAGAUGAUAGCAACAUGGAAACAUACAAUGGAUUGUUACAUCGAGUUAGCAAAGAGCUUGCAGAAUGGUAUUUCCAAGACGGGCGAGCGGUCUUGGCUGCAUGCUGUCACUUGGCAGUAGAUAAUACUGAGUUGGCGAUGGCCAGUCUGAUCCGUGGCAACGAGCUGGAACUAGCUGUGUGUGUGGGAACUGUGCUUGGCGAAGAUGCAGCACAGGCAACACAUUAUGUCCUGGAACUACUUGCAAGGAAGUACAUGACAGCCAUUACAUGCUUUCCAUCUGUUGGAAACAGGGACUUAGCUGCCAGUUUACUACAAAUGAUUCCAGAAAAUGAAAUCUUAUUAGUCAAGCUCUGUGCUUUCUACCCAGGAAGCUCUGCAGAAAUUAAUGAUCUACAUGAGAAAUGUAAUCUGCCAAGUUUAGAAGAAAGUGUGGAAUUGGCAGAAACAGCAUACAGUGAUGGAGAAAUCUUCCAGGCUGUCAAAUACCAUCUUCUGAGCCCACAGCCUGAAAAAGCCCUUCCAAUUGGCAUUCAGUUUGUUAAAGAUCAAAUAAGCAGCUCUGACUGGACCCUGGACUCAGUUUACCCCAUUCUUGACCUUCUUAGCUACAUUCGUACUGACCGGCUUGUGCUCCACAAGUGUAGUGAGGACCGUAACGAGCUGCUAAUACUGUGUGGUUACAUUGGUGCUUUACUGGCAAUCAGAAGACAGUAUUACAGUAUUGUUCCUGCACUUUAUGAGUAUACAAGCCAGCUGAUGAAAAGGCGUGAAGUGUCUGUCCCUCUGAAAAUCGAGCAGCUCUCAGUGGAGCUGGAUGCUUGGAGGGCAUGCACACAGUCUUUAAACAAGUCUCUAGAGGACGUACCCUAUACACCUCCAUCUGAUGCCCAAAGAGAAGUGUAUGACAUUUUGCUCAACAGGAUUAAAGAAGAACCCCUCAGUGGAUUGGUGGGACCUGACUAUGUCACUGGGUCUAAUCUUCCCAGCCACUCUGAUGUCCAGAUCUCUUGUCUGACAGGACUCAGGAUACAGGGGCCUGUCUUUUUUCUUGAAGAUGGGAAAUCUGCAAUUUCACUGAAUGAUGCAUUGAUGUGGGCAAAAGUCAAUCCCUUUUCACCUCUAGGGACAGGAAUUCGCCUCAAUCCCUUUUAAAGAAAGAGUAUAAACACACAUUUAGUUAUUUAUUUUUGUUGCAUUUUUAGAGGCUAAUGGCAUCUUAGCGCCCAAUGGUUACUUAAAGGAAAAAUGGGUGAUGAAUAAUUAAAGCACAGCAGGGAAAGAAAGAACUGCAGUGCUAGAAAUCCUGCUGAAAUUACGAACUUAAAAAAAAACCCAUUCCAAACACAAGCAGCAAAAUAUAGACUCAAUUGCUGGAGGGACUGUAAUGUAAUGACAAUAUACUUUGUAUGUAAUGUUUUACUUUUAUUUCAUUUUCAAUCACAUAGUGCAAGUAAAACCCGUCAUACAGUUACAAGCAUUCGUUUACUGGACUUCAGCAGUAAUCGUCUGCCUUGCUGUUAAAUGCAGGAUAAAAUGUCUUGAUCUCUUCCAUUUCCAGUGAAAGAAUUCCAUUUUUUUAAGCUGAUUGAGUUUUGACUGUGAACAAUAACAAUACAAAAAAAAUCUAAGUCCUUAUGGGUUUAUUAAGUUAUCAGUUUCCUCCUUUAUUUGACCAUCAUUUGAAUUUCAGAGAGAAAUUCAAAACUAAUUGCGCAGAUAGACAUCAGAAAUAAAAUUCUUUAAAUUGCCCCCUGGUAACAUAAUGUCCCCUAGUAACCAGAUUUCAAAUAUAACUGGAUGUGUUAAAAUCUUUGUAAUCCUAACACAAUUAGAUAGAUUGUAAUAGCCAUUAAUAGAACUUAGGAGAGAGCAUUAAAAUUUGUUCACCUGAGUAAUUUCAAAAACAGAAAAAAAAACCCAAUAUUUUAUUAUUAAUACAGUGGAUUCACUUCAGUUGCCUGUAUUAUAAAAUAGCAUAACUAUGUACUGAAAGAAUUUGUCAUUUACAUUACAACAGUUACAAAGUUGAUGAGGCCAUUUGCUUUUACAAUCUGUUUGGUUUUCAAAGUUCUGUAUGAAACUGUAAUGAGGUAAAAUAAUCUUGGUUAUUACUGGACUAU